UCAUUGGCUUGAAUAAAUAAAAAAUAUAUUUGAUUGGAAACAAAUUUACAUAUUUGGAGUUUCGAGAAUCCCUUGACGAAGAAGUAGCAGCAGGGUAAACAUUAAAAUCAAUCGGAAAGUGGAGAUGUCACAGAGAAUCGGGACAAAGCUCUUCGUCCACAGAUUAUCCUUUUACACUACACAGGAGCAGCUCAAGAAGUUGUUCUCUCCAUUCGGACUAGUUACCCAAGCUGAUCUAGCGUUGGAUCCUAUAACCAAAAGGCCCAAAGGUUUCGGCUUUGUCUCCUUCAAAUCUGAAAUUGAAGCGGAAAAGGCUUGCAAGGCCAUGAAUGGCAGGAUUGUUAAUGGAAGGCUGAUUUUGGUUGAACCUGCAAACGAAAAAUGACCUGGAGGAGACAGUGCCUUAUAUACAGUGGUUACAUUCAUCAGGUGUAGAGUAAAACUUGAUCAAUCAGUGUAAUAACCCAGCUAGGCAUUAUUUUUUUAUGCUCAAGGCUCCUCGGUUUCACAUUCUUCAAUCUUCUAACAAGUGGCAUACAUUGUGAGAAUACCAGUAUCCAAUUGAGACAGUGAUGCAAAAGAUUUGCACGACUGGAUUCUGUGUUGCUUUAGCAUUUGAAAAUUGAAGUUAUUGUCUAAAAACAAAUUAUCACAUACGUUACUUUUAAAGAUACUUGCAUAAAGCAGAAUAA